UUUGCGUGUAUAUUUUUAUGAUUUUCAAUGCAAUAAGCCCCAAUAAGUCAUCAUUUUUAGUAUAAUUAAUAAUAAUUAUUAUAAAAGGUAUAUUUAAUCCAUUUUAUGUAACUAUUUAACUUUUGAGCAAUAGAUAUCCAGAAUAUCCAGAAUCUUUUGAAACAUCUUGAUUUUAAUUUUUUUUGCUUACUGAAUUUAUGGAAUGAAAUAUUGACAACAAUUAAUCGCGUUAAUUUAGCUUUACAGAAGAAAAGUUUAACGAUUGAUAGCGCAACCAAAAUGGUUAAAGGUUUAAUUUUAUCAAUACAAACAAUGCGAAAUGAAGGAAUUGAUAAGGCAAUUGAAUUUGGUCAAAUUAUUGCUAAUGAUCUCGGUGUUAAAGCAAAUUUUUCUGAUAAACGAAAGAGAAAAGUAAAAAAAUUAGAUUUUGAAUUAAUUGAAGAUGAUUUGCAAGUUUUAUCUCAACAGAACGAAUUAAAAAAAGAUAUUUUUGAAGUGUAUGAUCGAAUUCUUACAGAAUUAUAUAAUCGAUUUGAAAAUAUGUCUGAAAUUAAUGAAAAUUUUGGAUUUUUGUAUGGUAGUAGCCUAAUGGACCACUCUAUGGAAUAUAUACAAAAAUGUGCAGCUGACUUAUCUUUAAAAUAUGAAACUGACUUAAAUUCUUCCGAUUUUAUCUCUGAAAUAAAAGAUUUUAAAUGUCAAGCAUUUUCUCUUUUACCUGACUUAAGAGCCGCAACACCAUUAGCCUUACUUCAAUUAAUUACAACAUAUUCUUUACGUGCUGAAUAUCCAAAUAUGGAAACAGCUUUACGCAUAUUCUUGACUUUACCAAUAACUGUGGCGACGUGUGAAAGAUCAUUCAGUAAGUUAAAGCUCAUAAAAAACUAUUUAAGGUCUACAAUGGGACAAGAACGAAUAUCCGAUAUGGCUAUUUUAUCCAUUGAACAUACGUUGGUAAAUACUUUGGAUAUAAACGAACUAAUUGAAGACUUUGCUGGGAAAAAAGCUAGAAAAAUUUCAAUUUAAAUGUUAGUUAUAAGUAAAAGCAAUAACCAAUAUUAUGUAUUUAUAUAUUUACUUAUGCUGUAUUAUAUUAUAUUUUAUUAUAUAUAUAUAUAUUAAUAUUAUACUUAUGAGUGUUAUUAUGUUAAGCUUAUUAUUUUUAAGUGCAUUUAUAUUUUAAAAAGUUAUUGGUUUUAAUAAAAUUAAAAAAAGCUCAUAUAAUUAUAAGGAAAUAACAUUAUUUAAAUAGUAUAUAUAAACAAUAUUCAAUUUUGAGUUUUUAAUAAAUAAAAAAAAAAUAUAUAUAUAAAGGCGCAUUUUUGAGUUUCGCCCCGGGUACAAUAUUUAGUUGCUACGGCACUGGAUAUCCUCUUAUUGUAAAACAGUUUGAAUAGUUUAAUAGUAUAAAUAGAUAAUACCUUAAAAAUAAUUAACGUGUUUUGAAAAUAGUAAAAGUUUUAUUUAUAAAAAAAUAGUCAGGAUUGUAUAUUCUUAAGAUUUUUUAACUUUAGAAUGAAAUACUUAAGAAGAGAAUUGUAUUACAUUUUUAAACCU